UUGUUUUCUCUCAUUCUCUCAUCUCAUCUCAUCUCAUCUCAUCUCGCCGCGCUGCAUUUCGUGGUUUCUUUUUCUCUUUUUCUCUUCUCUUCAUCUCACCAUCCACAUCAUCUCUUGCGUCCCUUUCCCCUUUAUAUACUCCAAUCUCAUCAUCGUCCUCCUCCUCCUCCUCCUCCUCCUCUCGUGAGCUCCGUGGAUUCCCUCCGACCUUGGGUGCUUCCUUUGAUGGCGAUGGAGGAGACGGAGAGCUGCGGAAGCCGCGCAGUUGGGUCACCGACGACGCACACGCCACAGCAACGUCAGAAGCUUGAUGUCUACAACGAGGUGCUCCGUCGUCUCAAGGACUUGGAUUGCCCUGAUGCUCGCUCGCCUUCGUUCGAUGAUGAGCUUUGGGCGCACUUCAACCGCCUCCCCGCUCGGUAUGCGAUGGAUGUGAAUGUGGAGAGAGCUGAAGAUGUUCUGACCCACAAGAGAUUGCUGCAAUUGGCGCAUGACCCUGCCAACAGGCCUGCCUUUGAAGUCCGGGUUGUCCAGGUCUCUCCGGUUCAUGAUGUAAAUCUAAUAAACUGUUCUGAUCCUAGCGCGCAAGGGGAAGAAGAUGCACCCUGCUCUUCAAAUUACUUUAGUAGACAAAGCACACAUCCCCCUCCUGCCUUUGGUUCAUCUGCAAAUCUGGAAGCACUUGCCCUUGAAGCCAGCAAACCUCAAGUUCAAGAUGGAGAUAGUGCUGCAAAUUCUUUCACAGACUUACCAAGGCCCAUGCACGAAAUAACCUUUUCAACUGAUGACAAACCGAAACUUUUAAGUCAGCUGACAUCUUUGCUUGCGGAGGUUGGACUUAAUAUCCAAGAGGCACACGCAUUUUCCACUAAUGAUGGGUACUCAUUAGACGUUUUUGUUGUGAGUGGUUGGCCAUAUGAGGAGACCGAUCAGCUUAAGUAUGAAUUGCAGACGGAACUUGACAAGAUUGAGAAGCAAGCAGGUUCGAAAUCCUAUUCAUGGUCUCCCGUGAUGGAUAAUGCACAUUCUGGAGAAGAAUCUCUUCCUGCACAUGUUCAGAUACCUACUGAUGGCACUGAUGUAUGGGAAAUUGAUUUUAGGCUCCUGAAAUUCGAGAGCAAAGUUGCAUCUGGUUCAUAUGGUGACCUUUACCGAGGGACUUACUGUAGUCAGGAUGUUGCUAUCAAGGUACUUAAGCCCGAACGUGUUAAUGUGGAUAUGCAGCGUGAGUUUGCUCAGGAAGUCUACAUAAUGAGGAAAGUUCGGCACAAGAAUGUUGUGCAGUUUAUUGGUGCAUGCACUCGACCUCCAAAAUUGUGCAUUAUUACAGAGUUUAUGUCUGGAGGAAGUGUGUAUGACUUUCUUCACAAGCAAAAGGGUGUUUUCAAGCUACCAGCUUUGCUCCGAGUGGCAAUUGAUGUUUCUAAAGGCAUGAAUUAUUUGCACCAGAACAAUAUUAUCCACCGAGACUUGAAGGCUGCCAACCUUCUGAUGGAUGAAAAUGAGGUUGUCAAGGUUGCUGAUUUUGGAGUUGCUCGAGUUAAGGCUCAGUCUGGAGUCAUGACUGCAGAAACAGGAACAUAUCGAUGGAUGGCACCUGAGGUCAUUGAACACAAGCCCUACGAUCACAAGGCUGAUGUUUUCAGUUUCUCUAUUGUGCUUUGGGAACUAUUGACUGGAAAGCUUCCUUAUGAAUAUUUAACACCACUCCAAGCAGCAGUAGGUGUGGUUCAAAAGGGUCUGAGACCUACCAUUCCUAAGAACACUCAUUUUAAACUUACGGAGCUGCUCGAGAAAUGCUGGCAACAAGAUCCGGAUUUGAGGCCCGACUUUUCUGAAAUCCUAGAAAUGCUCCAAGUUAUAGCGAAGGAGGUUGGUGAUGAACCAGAUGACAAGAUCAAAGAGAAGUCAUCCGGCGGGUUUCUCUCGGUUCUCAGAAGAGGUCUCUGAAAUUACAGUAAUUAUUUCCCCAUCUUCCCUUGUGGUAUUUGUAUCGGAAUGUACAGUAAUUUUUAUUUUCAAUAACCUGCUUCUUAA